CCGGACACAGUGUCCUAUUCUCACUUAAUCGUUCCUCGCUACUAGAUUUCUGUUGUUGGGCUCGAUGCCAGAUGCGUUCAGAAUGUAGAAGAUGGUGUUCGCAGGAUACCGACGAGUCUCGUAACUCACCGCUUGUCCAUCUAUGAAUAUCAGAACAGAAUUUUGUCGUAAAUUUUCUAGUUUUUCUAUGACAUUCCAAUAAGAUGAAGGUGCCGGGUAUUGGGAUGACAACAGACAUGCAGAAGGAGAUACGUCAGCUCUGCUGGUAUGACGUUGUGCCAGUAUAACAUCAUGCCGCCCAGUUUGCUACCGAUUAGAUUUACAAAGGUGAAGUGUCUGGAUCGAAUAUAGGAGUAACCUGUAAGAUAAAUAGACAUCCUUCUUGGGAAAAAGUCUCUUUGGAGCCAUGGUAACGGAAUGACCUCCGAUAAAGUUCAAAUCUUAUACUGGGCUCUCUGUCUAAUGCAAGUUGUUUUCAUUCGAAGUGACGAGCAAGAGUAUCGUUUGACUCGUUACUUAAUGUCAAAUUACGAUCCGGCCGUCCGACCCUCUCAAAAUUCUUCGCAGGCUCUUCGUGUGACCUUUGAACUUGCCCUCCACCAAAUCAUCGACGUGGACGAAAGAAACCAGAUUUUGACAACAAACUGUUGGCUUACACAAAAAUGGAACGAUGUCCAUCUUAGGUGGAACACUUCAGACUUUGGAGGUAUUAACGUUAUUCGCAUACCAGUUAAUCAAGUUUGGAAACCCGAUAUUAUAUUAUAUAACAAUGCAGAUUCGCAGUACAAAACAGCUGUUAUUAAUACUAAUGUGAUGAUACGUUCCAGUGGAGAUGUUAUAUGGUUAUCUCAUGGAAUUUUUAAAAGUUCUUGCGAAAUCGAUGUUGAAUAUUUUCCGUUCGACGUGCAAACGUGCGCCAUGAAAUUUGCAUCUUGGACGUACGAUGGUUUUCAGGUGGAGUUAAAUAAGGAAGGUGGGCUAGGUGAUCUAUCUAGUUACCAAAAAAAUGGAGAAUUCGAACUGGACGAGUUCACCUACUCGGUUCAUCUUCAGAAGUAUUCUUGUUGCGAAGAAUCUUAUCCGGAUAUAACUUAUACUCUAGUAUUGCGUAGAAGGCCCAUGUUCUACGUCUUUAACUUGAUACUACCAUGUCUACUCAUCAAUAUCAUAUCGUUGUUGGCAUUCUAUAUUCCUUCUGAAUCGGGUGAGAAGAUUACUUUGGGUAUCAGUACCUUGCUAUCCAUUACUGUUUAUCUGAUGGUAGUCAGAGAAAGCUUACCUCCCACUCAAAAAACACCACUUAUAAGCUUAUAUUAUGCAGUUACGAUGUGUUUGGUAGCAUUUGCAACAAUCUUCUCGGCCUUGACGCUAAAUGUGCAUCACAGAGGAAAGAGGGGGAUCGAGGUACCAAAGUUGGUUAGAAAAAUGGUCUUAGGUUGUCUUGCCCGCAUGGUGUUUAUUAAUUGCUCUGCGAAACAUCGAGACAGCAAGCACAAGGAACCGAGCAAAGGUUAUCCUCAGGAACAAUUAAGCAAAGAUGAUAAAAUCGAGUUAGAUCAUAUCGAACAUUAUAGUUUUUCACCAAGAUUAAGACAUCGUAAGGAAAUGGCUGCCAGUGCAGGUGGUGACGUAAUGGCCGACGAAUUCGAACGACAAUUCUUAAGAGUUUUGAAUAAAGUGUACGAGACGAUAGAGAAGAAUGAAAUGAGAAUUGCUGAACAAGAACGUCGUGAUGCUAUCAAAAGCGAAUGGCAACAGAUUGCCUUAGUGUGCGAUCGCCUACUUUUAGCUGUAUUUUUAUUAGCAACAGUUACAUCUACAUUUUUGAUUCUUUUCUCUUCACCUCAUGGACCAUAAAACUUGUACACACCAGUUGUACGUUUGUAAUAUUUGUGUAUCGUAUCAUGCACACUUGCGAACAGCACUAGAUGAAUUAGGAUAUAUACCUGUGUUUGCACUACGAAGAUAAAUAACAAGUUGCUGAUGAAGAUGAUGAUGAUGUUGUAACAAUCUUUUCUACCAGCAGAAGAAGAAAAAUAAGCAAAACUGCUCAAAAACAAUUUUUAUUUCAUUUUUCUUUUUAAAUAUAAACUGAAGUACGACAUCAUCGAGAAGCGAAGUGACUGAUGCACGACAGGGAUUUUUCCCUAAAUGGGAUGUUGUUAUAUGUAUUAAAUUCAGUUUUUUAGAAAAUGUUAUUUUUUCUGUUUGUAUCUUAUACAACAUCAACCAUUUUGAUGGGAGUUUGAAUACAAAAUUUGCUCUUUCGUUAUAAGUUGUUUGUGUUUUAUUGUACUUUUCUAUCGACACUACGCUAAUAUCGUUAGAGUCAGAGCUAAUAUCUUAAAUUUUAAUAAUUUUUAAAUUAAAAAAAUAAUAAUAAUAAUAAAACCUAACAGUAGUGGCUUGCGUUAAACCGAUAUAAAAUCGAUAGAAAGUGCUGGUUAAUUUUCACUCGUGUUCUUUCGUGGU